AUGCCUACUACUUCUUCAAAAUCCAACCACUUUCGAUCAAUUAGUUUGCCCGGAAGAUCACAUUCGAACCAUGUUCGAUCAAUCAGUGUGCCUGGAAGUUCCCAUCAAAGCACUGAAAAACUUAAAGAGGCCAUCAAUAAUCUCAAAGCAUUGGAAAUAUCACCCACAUCAUCAGCAGAGGCUGUGUACAAUGGUCUACUCGGUCUAGAGGAGUUAUACAAGUGUGUGAAUGUUCUACUUAACUUGCCUCAAACCCUUCAAGCCUUCUCCCAAUAUCGUCUUGGGAAAAUGGUUGAAGAUUUAUUGGAUAAAUCCGUGAGGCUUCUUGAUCUUUGUGGCACUACAAGGGAACUCGUCUUGCAAUAUAAAGAAAAUGUUCGAGAUCUUCAAUCCUCUCUCAAAAGGAGGAAAAAAGAUUCAACAACAGAAACCAGCAUGACCAAAUUCACCGCCUUCAGCAAGAAGAUUAAGAAGGAAUCUAAACGAUUAGUCGUGGUCUUAAAACAAAUGGAUCAGGAGACUGAACGGUCAUUCAUACCCAAAGAUGCAGAUCAACACACAGUAGAUAUGAUUAAAACACUUAAGGAAGCCAAUGCAGUGCGUGUUUCCAUUUUUCAAAUGUUCUUGUCCUUCUUGUCUGUUCCACUUUUGAAGCCAAAGGUAUCUAAAUGGUCAUUGGUUUCACGAUUAUUGGUAAACAAGGGAAGAUUAUCAUGUGAAGGCCAAGAAGGAAAAAUGAACUUGGAAACUAGGUUGGAACCAUUCGAGGCUCACCUUGACAACUUCGAAAAUGGCUUGGAAGGAAUAUAUCGGUGCAUGAGUAGAUCGCGGAGCUCUCUCCUGAAUAUCUUGAAGGAACUUGGAUUCAGUACACCCAUGUGGUUCAACCUGGAAUUAUGUAAAGAGAAAAAAGAGACAACCGUCGAAAAACUCUUUGGAGAGUAUAUGUGUCUCUUCAGAAAAAGUCCUAAUGUUGGAGCUUCUCGUUAUAAAAGUGUACGUUCUUUUUAG